GAUCCUAGUUUCUACUUGUGUUUUCAAUUUCCCAAUUUUAUCUCUCUGUGCUAAUUCCUUAUACCAAACAGUUAAACAAUGGCUUCCUCCUCUGUUCCAUCUUCAUCUCGACCUCAAUACACAUACGAUGUGUUCUUGAGCUUUAGAGGCGAAGACACUCGCGAUAACAUCGUCAGUCAUUUCUACACUUUGUUGGCUCAGAAGGGGAUUAACACCUUCAAAGACGAUGAAAAGCUGGAGAGAGGAAAAGUGAUUUCGCCAGAGCUCCGGAGGGCGAUUCGAGAAUCGAGGUUUUUAAUUGUUUUUUUAUCGAAGAAUUACGCUUCUUCGAGAUGGUGUUUGGAUGAACUCGUGGAGGCACUUGAAUGCAGCAACACAACAGUUUAUCCGAUAUUCUAUCAUGUGGAUCCAUCGGAAGUGAGAAGGCAAAGAGGGAGUUUUGGGGAGGGAUUUGAUGAAUUGGUUUCCAAACAGGGAGUAUUGGGGAUGGAGAAUGUUCAAAGGUGGAGGAAUGCUUUGGAGCAAGUUGGCAAUUUAUCAGGAUGGCAUUACCCCUGUGAUACCAUCAUCAGGUCUGAAUCAAUGUUUAUCCAAGAAGUUGUUGAGAUACUUUUUACAAAAUUAAAUUGUACAUAUUCAAGCGUUGUCAAAGACCUAGUUGGGAUGGAUUCUCAUAUGCAGAAAGUGAUUGAAUUGCUAGGUUUAGGGAUGGGUGAUGCUCGUGUUGUAGGAAUUUGGGGAAUGGGUGGAAUAGGCAAGACUACUAUUUCCAGAGUUGUUUAUGACUGUAUCUCCUACCAAUUUCAAGGUUGUAGCUUUAUUGAGAACGUUAGAGAAGUUUCAGAAAAAUGUGGUUUAAAAACUUUGCAAGAACAACUCAUUUCUGAAAUCUUAAUAAAAAAGGAUUUGAAAGUACGAAGUGAUGCUCAUGCAGUACAUAUGAUAAGGAAUAUGAUAUGUCGUAAAAAGGUUCUUAUCGUGCUUGAUGAUGUGGAUGAAUCAACCAACCUUGAAAAAUUGGUAGGUCAGCUUGAUUGUUUGAAUUCUGGAAGUAGAAUCAUUAUAACCACUCGAAAUAAACACGUGUUUAGUAGAUGUGGCAUAACACAUAUUUAUGAGGUAGAGGAAUUAAGAGAAGAUGAAGCUAUGGAGCUCUUUAAAUCGAAAGCCUUCGGUAAUUACCAACAUAUGGAAGGCUAUCAAGAACUUGUACGUCGUGCAGUAAAGUAUGCUAAAGGAGUUCCUUUAGCUCUCAAAGUUUUAGGUUCUUUCCUUCGUGGUCGAAACGAAGAUGAAUGGGAAAGUUCAUUAAACAGAUUGAAAAAAAGCUCUCUCAAGGAAGUUCUACAAGUACUUAGAAUAAGUUACGAUGCAUUGAAAUCAGAAGAGCAAGACAUAUUCUUAGAUAUUGCAUGUUUUUUCAAAGGGAAGGACAAAAAUGAGGUUAUAAAAAUACUAGAAAGUUGUGGCUUCGACCCAAUUAUUGGAAUAGAUGUUCUUGUUCAAAAGUCUCUCAUCACUAUCUCAGGCAAUAAGCUGUUGAUGCAUGAUUUGAUACAACAACUAGGGUGGUACAUUGUUAUCCAGCAAUCACGUGAAGAGCCUGGAGAGCGCACUAGGUUAUGGCGUGAUGAAGAUAUAAAAAAUGUAUUGAUGAACAAUACGGGAACAAACAAAGUGGAAGGCAUAGUUAUGCAGUAUAAUAGCCUAAGCGGUCUCGAUCCAAAGCACAUUCAAUUUCUAAAACAAUUGAAGUUGAGGCCUGAAGCUUUUGCAAAGAUGUCGAACUUGAGGAUUCUCAAAAUUUGUUGUAUGCACCUCUCAAAAGACCUCAAAUAUAUUUCUAACAAUUUAAGAUAUCUUGAUUGGUUAGGAUACCCUAUGAAAUACAUGCCUUCAACAUUUCAACCAGAGCAUCUUGUCGAACUUCACUUAACCUAUAGUAGAAUUGAACAACUUUGGGAGGGAACCAUGCAUCUACGCAAGUUAAGGAUCAUGAAUCUUAGUCACUCGACAUACCUAAAGAAGAGCCCAUACUUCGCCGGGGUCCCAAAUCUUGAAAGACUGAUUCUUAAAGGCUGUACAGGUUUGGUUAAUCUUCAUCCAUCCAUUGGAGUUCUCAAAAGGCUUAUUUGUUUGAACUUGAAGGAUUGCAAAUGUCUCAAGAGUCUUCCCGACAACAUUUGUCAGUUGAAAGAUCUUGGAAAAUUGACUCUUUCUGGUUGCUCCAAACUUGACAAAUUGCCGCAAGACUUAGGUGUUUUGGACUGUUUAUAUAGGCAUUAUGCAGAUGGGACUGCAAUUAGACAACUCCCAUCCUCCAUUGGCUCCAUUAGACGUCUGAUGAAUCUUCGAAGCCUAACGCUACGAGGGUGUAAAGGACUAUCAUCUAAUUCAUGGAGUUCUUUCUUCUUGCCUUCCAUUUUACAAAGAGAGAGAGAUAUGGCUUCUGAACUAGCAGCUUCGUCAAGGUUGAAUUCUUUACAGAAACUAGAUCUCAGUUACUGUAAUUUAAAAUCUAUCCCCACAGCCAUUUGUCACAUCGACUCUUUGGAAAUUUUGGAUCUAAGUGGAAACAAUAUGGAAAGGUUACCUGCACGCAUGAAUCAACUUUCAAGGCUGCGCGCCUUGUGGUUGAGUGGUUGCAAGAAAGUUCAAGAAUUGCCAGAGAUUUCAUCCAAAAUAGUUGCCAUAUUUGCUAAAAAUUGCUCAUCAUUAAGAACAAUAUGCAGUCUAUCCAAAUACAAUUAUUUUUCCACGCUGCACUUCGACAAUUGCUUCAAAUUGAUUGAGAAUAAGCAAAACAACAUCCUGACGGAAAAAGUUCUUUCAAAUCGAUUUCAGAGAGAUGCGAGUCGUUUUAAGAUUGGUUUUCCUGGGAGAGAGAUUCCAAAGUGGUUCAGCCAUCAAGGUAGGGGGCCUUCGAUAUCUUUUCAGUUGCCUCCGCAUUGGUUUAACAACAGGUUCUUGGGAUUUGCUUUCGCCGCUGUUGGAUUCAGAAAGGAUGAAUCCGCCUAUUUUGCUAUUAAAAUGCGCUGGAAGUGCUACGUUACUAAGAGGAUCAUCACAUCAUCAGAUGUAUUGAUUUCAUCUGUGAAUUUUGGAAAUAUUCUGGUUGAGGGUAUCCCACGCGGUGCAUUUUUGCCAUUCGCGGAAGAUUGCAUGGAGGAAUUAAAGGAGGGUGGAAUUGAAGUUGAAGUUUCUGUAAGUAACAUUUUUGGGGUGGAUACUGUAAGUAACCUCACAUUGGUCGAAAAGGUCGGUGUCCAUGUCAUAUACAAGGAAGCUGAAGAACAAGCACUGACUAGUAGAUACAACUCUCAAGAUAGCAACAACAUCAACAUGGAUGUUUUUCAUGGAGAUUUGGACAGAUCAGCAGGGGUACAAGUUGGUAGUAGUAGUAGUAGUGCUACUACAUCAAAGAGAAGACGCGACGAUGACCUCAACGACAAUCACUACAAUGCAGCAGCAGGAGCCAGUGGAAGUCCUGGAAUUGAUGAUCAAGAGGACCACCUCAACAACCUCAACAGCAAAAGGCUUAGAUGUGAGUGGAUGUUAUGAUGGAAUGACCAUUCCAUUCCAUAUUCAUUUCAAUGAACCAAACAUUAUCUAAAUUAUUUAUAAUAGGUUGAAUUCUGAUUAACAUUCAUGGAUAUUUUUGUGAAUAUUUGCAAAAGGAAGACUUUGUUUCAUUAUCUCAUACAAUUGAAGACUUUUUUUUUUUUGAACGGAUCAUACAAUUGAAGACUGUAUAAAUAGAUUUGAAGGCAUGUGAACUUUAUUGGGAUGUGUUUCUUGAGUAAUGAUGCUCCUUUUCAAGAAACUUUCUUGUGGGGGGACACAAAGUUAAAAAGAAAUGUUCAUAUGUUCCUUAAAAAGAAAUGUUCAUAUGUUCAAUUGGAAGGAGGUGUCUACAAGCAAGGAACAAGGUGGGCUUUAGUUAGAAGAAUUAGAGAUGUAAAUGAUUGUUUGCUGGUGAAGUGGUGGAGGAGAUUUGGAUCUGAAGGCAAUGGUUUAUGGAGACGUUUGAUUUGCAGCAUUUACAGUGUUGAGAGAGGUAGAUGGUUCCCAUCUUAUGGAGCUAACUCUUCUUUUUCAAGGAUUUGGAGUGGUUGCACUGAUGCUUUUAGGACUGGGAUCUUCUUAGGUGGAUGUUCUUAGAAUGGCAACGUCCUGAUGGGAAAAGAGACAAGCUAAAUUCUUGUGUUAGGUUUGACAAAUGGCUUAUACAUUGUGUCCAGCAGAAAGCUAAAGUGAGGAUGAUGAAGCAUAAUGCUUCUGAUCAAACUGAAUCAUGUUGGAAUAAUCUCUGGGGCAAACCCAGAGGCCAUCAAAGUACAGAGGAGGAAGCAAAAAGGAGAGCAUGAAGAGCUGCAACAGCAUCUCGAAGAUGGAGAGAGUACUCAAGAAGGGGUGCUGGUAAACCUCCCACCUUUAAAAUUCAAGGCUGUGUCAAACAAUGAAAAAUAAACAAUAAAUUCUGAUCUUCUUGAUUUUCUAUUGUUAGAUGUAAUUCAUGUAUUCAAAAUUUAUUUGUUGAAGACAUACAAUGAAUAUUUAGAUUUUAUGUAAGAUGUGUAAAAUUCAUAUUGAUCACGCUGACUGUGUAACUGGGAUUAGUUUAAGUGCAAUGAAAUUAGUAAAUAAUAAAAAAUAUGAAUUAUAUAGAA